UAUGUCAAAAGUCAACAAAGAAUCUUUUGUUUUGUUUCCAAAAGACAGUCGACAGUCGACUUUGACCGUGUUUUUUAUAAAUUAAUAUAAAUUUGUUUAAUAAAAAUGGAAAACGAUCUAGACAAAGUCGUAGAAGAAAUCAUGUCUAUGCCUAAUGUCAAUGGCUGUCUUAUCGCGGACCCACAAGGACUAUGCUUGGCAUCAAAAGGCGCCGCGCACGUAGACUCUGCAGGGAUAAUCGUUGCCAUAUCAGAACAGGCCUGUAAAAUACAACCGAACAUGAAACCGCCCACAGUUUGCCUUGAAACUGAUAAAAAACAGUGCCUCAUACAACGACAUGGCACGAUCACCGGAGCGAUUUUUAAAUUGAAAACAUAGAAGUAAAAUAAAAUUUAAAACAACAUUGAACUAUUCUGGUAAGCAAGCUAUCCAGAAGAUCGUGUAUUAUUCAGCCAAAAGUAUGUUAACUUAACAUCUCUCAGGAGGUUAUGUCUAGUGAUAGGAAAUAAAUUAAAAUUAUUAUUUACUUUUAACUGACCCCCAAAAUAACAUAAAUUUGAAUACUUCUUUAUCUAGAUUUUAAUUUCAAAAUUUAUCUAAAGUAUUACCUACCAAUCAUAAAAUGUAAAACCACAUAAACAUUGUAUAAUGUUAUUUUAAAGAGAAUAAAUAUUAACAGCUAAAUUAUUGUAAUGGCUUACCACCAUACUAAGUAAAAGUUUAACAAUUAUGAUUAACAUAAUAUUGUAUUCCAAGUAUAAGUUUUUCGUAACCACAUAAAUUCUCUAGUUUCUUCAUGUAAUAAUAAUAAUGACUGGUUUUUUAAUUUGCUUGUUUAUUAGCUUUGCCUGUAUGCAUUGGAAUCUUUGAACAUUAUUUCAACCCACCUCGAAACAUUAUAUAAUUGAAAUUUAGCACACUUAUAAAGGACCGCCCAGAAUAAUAGAAUAAUAUAAUAAGAGUAUCCCAUUGGACUGACCAGGAUCUUCAGGAUUAUUCUCAAAUAAUAUAUAACAUAGUAUGUUUUUCUUUGGUUUUUGAGUUGUAAACAUAAUUUAAGUACUUUUACUGUUUAAUCUUGCAUUAAUUAUUUUUUGUUAUAAGUUAAGUUGCUUUAGUUAACUAAAUGAUUGUUUAAAUUAAAAACUUUCUUUUUCAGCUCGCUAAAAAAUACUAAAAAGUAAAAAAUAUUUGUUAGAUGUGGAAAGUUUGUUCUUAUAGGAUCAUAAUUUCGUUCUUAUUUUAAAAGUUUUAAUAUAAAAAUUAAGUUUAAGUAAGGAAAAGUAUGGGGAGUGGUUCUACUGUAAGAAAAUAUUAUUAAUGAUCAUUUUGGUAGUUUUUCAAUUACAGCACAAGAGCGCAUUAUGCAGCAUAAUGCUCAACGUUGAAUGUUCCAACUACAGCAACGCUUCGCACAAUCGAGCACUCUCAAAAGUACUGCUGAUACUCGCAAUCGGUACCAACUCAGUGACAGAAUAAAUUGACAAGUGUUUUUUCUUUAAGUUGGCAUUGAUCGAAAUUUUGUUUAUAUUAUCGUUAGUAAUAUUAUUUAAUGUUGAAAAAAAAUGUAAGGCUUUCGUUUCGUCGUAGUUUCUUAGAAAUAAUCAAUAUUAAAUAAAACUGUGCUAACUUAGCGCACUCUGCUGAUGCAUUUGAAAACUAAUUGACUUUCCAAUUAAUCUUCAGCAUAAUUUGGCAUUGUGCUUCACUGAGUCGCAUUAUGCUCUGUAAUUGGAAAACUACCUAUAACACUUAUCAUUUAGUUAUGGACUAUUUAUUGUAAGAUUUGAUGUUAGGCACCCUACACUUUAUUAACUUAAAUGUUCCACAGGACAAACAGUUACUUAGACUGUGGAUAGCCUUUUAAAAGACUAUAGAAACGAAACAAUUAUUUUAAUGUUAAGUAUCUCUUGUUAUUUUAUAUAUGAGGUUUACAAAUAUUAUAAUAUAUGGUUUAUGUGAAA